AUGAAGUUAAAAAUCAUCGGCAGAAGAGAUCGAGAUGGAAGGACAUAUAACCUACCUACUGCUUCUGAGGUUGUCGCUUUAAUUAUAGGUGACAUUUAUGAUUCAGUUGAAAAUAGAGAUAUCGUUGUUGAAACUAAAUCGGGAUUUCUACAACGUAUCAGUGAAUUGCAUCCUUCUUACCUUCCUCUCCAAUAUCCACUACUAUUUCCAUAUGGAGAUGAUGGUUACCGCGUUGAUAUUCUUCAUAGAGUUGUUACAUCUACAACAAACAGCAAGCGUGCAAAAUGUACAAUGAGAGAAUUUUUCGCUUUUAGAAUUCAAGACAGGGAUCAUUCGUUCUCACUUAUUCUUAAUUCAAAAAGGUUGUUUCAACAAUUUUUGGUAGAUGUAUACCAUGAUUGA